ACACGCACAGACAAACCUCGGCGUGUCUUUAUUGCAAGAUUCGCAGCUCACGUUUCGAGCGAAACAGCGGAGCGCGCAGCCUGAGCGCUGAACCUCCAGCCAGCCCUGAAAGAGUUAAACGCUCUUCCCAUGAACGGAGCGGCUGGCUGGAGGUUAGUUCGGCUGUUGCGGUACAGAGCUCGUGGACGCGGCGGCGGCGUACAGCAGCGCACAGAACCCGGACAACUUCUCUGCAAAGCUGUCACUUCUAGCAGCCAUGUCGGAGCGAAGGUGGAUCUCUGGAUUUGACAGUCUUACUACUCCUGAGCGCGCGCGUGUGUGAGAGAGGGCUGCUUUUUAUCUCCUCUGGUUGUGUGGAUAUCGCCUCCAUGGACGGACAACGGGGCUUUUACGAGAUGGAGAACCCGGCUGAGAACCCCAGCAAGGCGGCGGAGUAUCUAAAGGAGCUGAAUAAAAUAAUCGAGACCCAACAGGGGCUGCUGGAGAAGCAGAGGGUCCGGAUUGACGAGCUGGAGCUCCAGGUGACGGAUCUUUGCAAGGAAAACGCCUGCCUCAAAGAUCAGCACCAACGGCACCUGGCCACCUGCAGACUCCAGCAGGGCAGCCUCCCCACCCUGGGAGCCAUCAAGGAGAAUAUGAUGCAGGAAAAGCGCCACGCCUCAUUGCCAAUAGAAGUCUCAGAGAUCCCUCUAAACCUUAUUGCCCCUGCAUGUAGAAGAAGUUACCCCUGUCGAAAAUGGAAGUCUGCAUCUUUUGGACCGGACACAGAGGAUCCCAGCCCCGCCAUGACUCACAGACGACACCAUCACUUUGUGGAAGGUGAUGCUCCAGGCAGCGAGGUGGGCGCCUCUGUGGAUCCCAGCGGCGGCUACAGUUGUGUCCCAGUGACCCACAGUGGCGGGCUCGGCCCCGACCACUUAGACAGCCAGCUCUACGGACACAUCUUCCUGCCGGGACACCAGCGGCCCCGCAGGCCCAAGCUCCAGCACUCCCAGUCCAUCCUUCGCAAGCAGGCAGAGGAGGAGGCCAUCAAACGCUCCCGUUCGCUGUCUGAGAGCUAUGAGCUCUCAUCAGACCUACAGGACAAGCAGGUGGAGAUGCUAGAGCGUAAAUAUGGUGGGCGUUUCAUAACCCGGCAUGCAGCCCGCACCAUCCAGACAGCCUUCCGCCAGUACCAGAUGAACAAGAACUUUGAGCGUCUUAGAAGUUCUAUGUCUGAGAACCGUAUGUCCAGACGGAUCGUCCUAUCCAAUAUGAGAAUGCAGUUUUCCUUCGAAGGACCUGAAAAAGUCCAUAGCUCCUACUUCGAGGGAAAGCAGGUCUCUCUAACAGAUGACGGCACCAAGAUCGGUGCACUAGUGCAGUCAGAGCAUGGUGGGGAGAUGGGCAUGCAGGCCAAGACGCCCACAUCACAGAGCGACUUUACAGACGCCAUCACUGAACUAGAAGACGCCUUCUCAAGGCAGGUCAAAUCUCUAGCUGAGUCCAUAGACGAUGCUCUGAACUGUCGAAGUCUGCAUGGGGAUGAAAACCAGCUGGAGCAAGGGAGAGGCCACCAGGACAUGGAAAGGGAGGUAAGCUGCCAAGUGAAGCCUUCCCACAGCGUUUCAGAUCAUCGCAAACUAGAUGAGAUGACGGCGUCUUACAGCGAUGUCACCCUGUACAUCGAUGAAGAAGAACUGUCCCCACCUCUGCCUCAGUCUCAAUCGGUGGACCGGCCAUCCAGCACAGAAUCAGACUUACGUCAGCGCUCCCUCAACUCCUCCCAGGACUACUGGUCUCUGGCUCAUAAGGAUGAGAAAGGGGACACCGACACCAGCUGCCGCAGUACACCCUCACUGGAGUGCCAAGAGCAGCGUUUACGGGUGGACCAUCUCCCCCUUCUCACCAUUGAGCCUCCGAGUGACAGCUCAGUGGAGCUGAGUGAUCGUUCAGACCGCAGCUCUUUGAAGAGACAGAACGCCUACGAGCGCAGCCUCAGCAACCAGCAGAGCAGCCCCAAACACAUCAGCCACGGCCUACCACCCAGAGGACCCUCCAGGGAGGAGGAUGCAAGCCGCCAUAGACCACGGCAACUAGAGGCCCAUCUGGCCAUCAACGGCACCGCAAACAGGCAAAGCAAGUCAGAGUCCGAUUUCUCUGACGGAGACAACGACAGCAUCAACAGCACAUCCAACUCCAAUGAUACCAUCAACUGCAGCUCUGAGUCCUCAUCCAGAGACAGUCUGAGGGAGCAGACUCUCAGCAAGCAGACGUACCACAAAGAGACCCGCAACAGCUGGGACUCACCUGCAUUCAGCAAUGACAUCAUCCGAAAGAGGCACUACCGCAUUGGACUCAACCUCUUUAACAAGAAACCAGAAAAGGGCAUCCAGUAUCUGAUAGAGAGAAACUUUGUUCCAGAUACUCCAGUGGGUGUGGCCCACUUCCUGCUUCAGAGGAAAGGCUUGAGUAGGCAGAUGAUUGGAGAGUUCCUGGGUAACAGACAGAAACAGUUUAACCGGGAUGUCCUAGACUGUGUUGUCGAUGAAAUGGACUUUUCGAGUAUGGAGCUGGACGAAGCACUCAGGAAGUUUCAAGCACACAUCAGAGUUCAGGGAGAAGCUCAGAAGGUUGAACGGCUCAUUGAGGCUUACAGCCAACGGUACUGCAUCUGCAACCCUGGUGUGGUGCGACAGUUCAGGAACCCUGACACCAUCUUCAUCCUGGCCUUCGCCAUUAUCCUCCUCAACACGGACAUGUACAGCCCCAACGUCAAGCCUGAGAGGAAGAUGAAGUUGGAGGACUUUGUUAAAAACCUUCGAGGGGUGGAUGAUGGGGAAGACAUCCCCCGAGAGAUGUUGGUAGGGAUAUAUGAGAGGAUUCGCAAGCGGGAGCUCAAGACUAAUGAAGACCAUGUGUCCCAGGUUCAGAAAGUGGAAAAACUCAUUGUUGGAAAAAAGCCGAUCGGCUCGUUACACCAUGGUCUGGGCUGUGUGUUGUCCCUUCCACAUCGAAGACUCGUAUGUUACUGCAGACUCUUUGAAGUGCCCGACCCCAACAAACCACAGAAGUUGGGCCUGCACCAAAGAGAGAUCUUCCUCUUUAACGACCUGCUAGUGGUUACUAAAAUUUUCCAAAAGAAGAAGAACUCUGUGACGUACAGCUUUCGUCAGUCCUUCUCUCUCUAUGGAAUGCAAGUGCUGCUUUUUGAAAAUCAGUAUUAUCCAAACGGAGUCCGCCUGACCUCAGCCAUUCCUGGAGCUGACAUCAAAGUCCUCAUUAACUUCAAUGCACCCAAUCCUCAGGAUCGCAAAAAGUUCACAGACGAUUUGCGAGAAUCCAUCGCUGAAGUCCAAGAGAUGGAGAAGUACAGGAUAGAAUCUGAGCUGGAAAAACAGAAGGGAGUGGUGAGACCCAGCAUGUCCCAGUGUUCAGGGUUGAAGAAGGAUACAGGUAAUGGCAACCUGAGCCGAGGCAGCCUUGAUGACAGCUACGCCAUUGGUGAAGGCUUGAAGAGAAGCGCCCUCAGCAGCUCCCUACGUGACCUCUCAGAUGCAGGCAAGCGUGGGAGACGCAGCAGUGCAGGAUCACUAGACAGCAAUAUGGAAGGGUCCAUCAUUAGCAGUCCUCACAUGCGGCGGAGAACCCCCUCCAGCCGAGACUGCCCAUCCCGCCACAGCGGCCAGUCCCUGCCCAACUCCUCCUCUCUUCUCGGAUCUUUGUUUGGCACCAGACGGGUGAAGUCCCCCAGCCCCACCCCACAGCCCAUUCACCCCACCCUCAUCUCCCACACCCCUCACCCUUCCAACUUGCACCACACAGCCCGGGUGGAGACAGACACGCCGGUCCCCAUGCACCCUCAUCACGCCCAAUUCUGCCACAUCCCCCAGAACCCCCCGCCUUACCACCACCACCACCACUACCACCCACCGGCCCACCUGCAGCACCCUCCGCACCAGUACCACCCGCCUCCGUCUCACGUCCAGCAGACACCCUACCCACCUCAUGCGCAGCACGGCCACAGCGGCCACCCGGCACACUCCUCCCACGCUGCUCACGGUGCCCACCACCACGGCCCACCGCCGGCACCCUCCCAGGCACCCAGCAGCGCCAAGCCCAAGCACAGCGGCAUCAGUACGGUGGUCUGAGACACACAGGAGCUCUCUUUUUUGCUCUCUGACUGAACUUUGAUUUUACCCUGAGGCUCUCGGCUGAUGAGAGAAGCGCACUGUGCGUUGCAGGGCUGGGUUUGUGAAGCCACACGAGAUCCUGUGCCUCCUAAAGCAUAUUUUCUUUAACAGGGGCAGAGCAUUCAGUAGAGACGCUUUCCUUUUCUAGUCGCUCCUUUUAUUUAAUUUCAUGUCAUGUCUGCCUUCUUAAGAGCAACAGACACCAACAUAAGAGCAUGCACAAAGACCACAACUACUGUUUCUCCUAAACAAAUUAAAGGAAUAUGAUCAAAUAUCUUGCUUACAAGUAUUUUACAGAAGAAGUAACUAUUAAUCUUGACUUUAAUGUCUACAAAGUGAAUUUAUCUAGUGCAAGGGUAGUUUGGCUGGACAGACAGAUAGACAGACAGUCCAACUCAGCAGUAGCUGUACGAGUAUUUAAUGUAGCGGUAGCUCACAGUGCACUGUGAUAUCUCUGUUAGCAGUGAUAAAUGUGCCAAUUUACUAAUUUAGUCACAAAAAUGCUUUAUGUAUAUUGUGCAUAGUAUUUUGUAAAGAUUAUAUCAACAGUUAUUACUAUAAUUAUUAUUACUACAGAACAAAUGACAUCAAUUAAAACUCUCAGUAUUAUACUCGCACAUAGGGGGCGUAGUUUCACCAUUAAGAAAACAAUCAAAGCUUUUACUUGUUAGUUAAUUCAGUAAGCUGGAGCACACCUGUAUAUGGUUGCCUUGAGUUAGAGCUCUGUUAUGAAGUUAAACAGCCGCCCCGAUACAGUCUCAUCCAGUGACUGCUCUCAGAGGGACAAAGGAAAUCACAACAAGCUGCUGAACUAACAGAUUUAUCUAACUGCCCACCCUUCAGUACUGGCUGCUUGUCUGCCCUCGUUUUAUUUUUUUAACUAUUUUUUUAAAGUCCGAUAAAAAUAGGAAAUGCUCUAUAUGUUUUUACAGCAACCUGGAGGGAAUCUUGAAUUCUGCAGAAGGAGGAGGAGGUUUUAUUUUGUGUAGCAGGGAAACAGCAACAUGACUGUAACAGUGUGUCUCCUGAGGUGGAAGCUCUCAGCUGGCUGAGUGUGCCCUCUGUGUCCCUCUUUGGUUUUACUGUGCGAGCAGCAAGUAUGCGAUGCAGCGCUGUUUACUCCCUCCAUUAGACUUUUCCCUCUGAGCCACAUGGACACAAUACUUCAAAAAUCAAUAAUUAUCAUUCUGUGAUGGUGAUAGAACUCUUAAGCCUCACUCACCACAAAUGGCGGUUUUAUAUCAAUCAUCUUUCUGACAUAUUUACGGGCUGGCUUGUUAUACCUCUGGGCCAUCCUGAUUACAGUAUCUGAUGUGUGCACAGCGGAGGCAGGGGGCUGCUGUGCUGGGACGUAUUUUUUAUUGAGAGUGGUAGGUGCAGCACAUGUUCUUUUUAGUUAAUAUCAAUGGCAGAAGUUAGUCUGUAUGUGCUUCAGACUAUGAGAUUGAUUUUUUUUAAAACUUGUAUGUGCAAUAUGUAUUUACUUUUUUGUCAAAGAACAAUUGCAAUCUGCAGUUUUUCUGUUUGCUAGUUCAGUUAGUUUUAUGUUAUUCCCCUGUUGUCCUUUGUCAUUUCUUCCUCAAUGUUUCAGUAAAUUGCAAGUAUCCACAUGGAUUUGGAGGGACUGCACCUUUCAAAUUGAUAAAGAAUGUUCAAGAAAAUACUAGCAUGUAACAAUGUAUUUGAGGCUUUUCUAACUAUUGUGUAUCCCGAAACUAUAUCAGUGUUCACGUUGAUAUUUGUUGAGAAUGAUUUGUAAAAAACAAAAAAAAAACAAAGUUUCAUAUUCUGACUCAAAAACAGGGCAUCAAUUGUUGAAUCUGGAAGUAGUCACAUCAGUGAGAUGAAUUUUAGAGCAGGCAUAAUGACAGCUGCACUCUAUCAUUUAGAAAUCAGAGUGCUAAUAGACAGGCAGCUAUGUGUGUAAUAAUGGAACUCUUUGACAGCUAUGUUUAUCACCUCUCCCUGUCGAUGGCCCCUACCUUACUGUCUGCAAGUGAGCGUCAACUCAAUCUAUAUUUAGUUUUCCUAAAGGGAAAAAUCUUCAGUUGGAUAAGGCACCCUUUAUAAAUAGUUUGAAGGUUUUAAUGAAAAUAAUUCACUUAAUCAGUAGAGUUGAUGAAGUGUAGUUGAAUUAAUAUUUGUCUGCUCACCAGUAUUCCUUAAAUGUAUAGAUAAGGACACAUUUUUGGUUAACUUAACUAAUGUGUAAUAUUCCAUCCCUUAUCUGCACUGUUUUUCCCAUUUGUGGUUAGGGGGUCCCAUCCUGGACUGUUCAUUCACACUCACACCUGUAGUCAGGUUAGAGUUGUCGGUUAACCUAACAAGCAUAUCUUCAGACCAUGGGAACCCACACGCGCUGUUGGAGAACAUGCACAUCCCACACAGAAAGGCCCUGUACAAACCAAAACAGUCUGGCUGUAGACCAUACAUCUCUGAUGGCCACUCUCACAGACCGUUCAUUUGAGAAUAUCAUAAUGUAAAUACAUGCUAAAACUUUCGAGAUAAGAUUGGAUUUAACUGAUGUUCAGGGUAAGGGUUAAGGUGACAGGAUACCAAAAGUUAAAAGUUAAAAUGCUAACCUGAAAAAACUAGUGUCAAACCAUUGAAUAAAGCCUAGUAAACAGUCUGCUUACAGGAAAAAGCCUCUAAUGUAGCAAGAGUAGCUAUGUAGCCUCGUUGGCUGUGAAAGCUCAUAGAUAAUGGAGCUAAGUCACUAACCUAGUUACAUCGCUAACAUAUCUACUUGGCUAACACAGCUCCAUUGCUAACAUAGCUAAUGUAGCUAAAUCUAGGCUGACAAAGCAGCUAGUUAAGCUACAUAUCUUUUUUAUCUACAUAGCUAAGUUAGCUUCACCUAUGUUUGCUAAACCUCGCCUUGCUAAAGCUAACUUUGCCACAUGCUUUGCUAGGCUUGCGUAGUAGCAUUAAUUACAUAGCCAGCAUAGCUAUGUUAGCUUUAGCUUAGGCUAACUUAGCUACGUAUCUUUUUUAUCAAUGUAGCUAAGUUAUAUUUAGCUAUGUUUGCUAAAGCGCACUUACCUGCAUAGGCUAAUGCAGUAACUUAUACUGGCUACAUGUUGCCAGUGAAGCUAUGUUAGCUUACUCUAAAGAUAGCUUAGCUACAUGUCUUUGUUAUCUAUGCAGCUAAGUUAGCUUUAGGUACAUUUGCUAAAGCUUACUAAUGGUACAAAUGCUUAUGUAGUAAUAUUAAUUAUGUAGCCAGCCUAGCUAUGUUAACUUAACCUAAAGCAAACUAAGCCAAAGUGAGCCACUGUUGGUGUAACUACUUCUAAAACGUGUCUAAACUAAAUCAAAUCCUGGAUUAGACAUCUGACCCGUUUCUCUGUUUGAUUUAAAUGUUAAAUUAAAUGUUUAGUCUGUAAUGUUUGUGGCUUAUUUCCCUGAUGUAACUAUCAGACUUUGUUUAUAAAUAAAGUUAAAUUUCUAAAAUAUAUAUAUUGAAUUGGAAAUACAUUGUGCUUGCGAGUUAUGGCAGUUUUGGUUCUGAAUAUAUGGUGUCUCAGAUGAACUGUCUGUGAGAGGGGUCAUCAGAUAUGAACAAUCUGCAGUCAGACCCCAUGAAACCCUCUUAAUGUGAUGCACCAGUGCUAACUACUUGGUCCUAAACAUGAAUAUAGGGCUGUUGUUAUAAAAAGAAUUAAUAGUGCAUUGAUUAAGGUCCUUAGUUACAGCAUUAUUUUUAUUAAUUGCAUUAAUUGUAUGCUUUAUUGUUCCUUUCAGCACACUUUGGUUAAGCCGCUGUAAAACCUCUGCAGCCACAGUGAUGUAAAAUAAGCGUACCACUGCGCCUUAAUGUCUCAUUUUUCACAAACAAUUGAGUGGACAAGACAGAAGUCAUCUACAACUUGUGUUAUCAAACAUUACACUUUUUAUUGUUCCUUUAUUUCAUUUUCAAUCCAUAACAAGUUCCUUUUUCCAUGGCUAUAUGCAGGGCUUGAUAUUUGCACUGGCCAACUAGCCAAAUGCACGUGGAUUUCAGCUGUGGCAGGUACCAGAUUGACUUCGACUAGCCACUUUGGCCAGUGGAAUUUAUCAGUGUAACAACCUCAGCAUUCUCUGGUGGAUAUUUGUCUGAAUGAGAAUUAGAUGAAGCCAGCUGCAUUUCUGAUUUUUUGAAUAAAGUUGAUGAAAAGUCAAUGUUUUAAUAUUACUGUAAACUUAGUAUCCAUUAAAGAAGGAAAUGGAGCAUGUGUUUCAACUCAUACCGGACAUACCCAAUUUGGCAUGUAACACAUAGUUUCCAAUCAGCACAAUUGUGGCCAGUGGAAAUGCUCAGUGGCUAGAAACAAAUAGCCACAGAGCAAAAAAAUAAUGUCAAGCUCUGGCUAUAUGUGUUAUAUAUAAGCUAAGAUCAACCCACAUUUCCUAAUAUGUUUUUCAAAAUAAAAGCCAUUCGUUAUCCAAACAGGAAGUCAAGCUUAAAAGGGAACUGAAACCUGGUAAACCUUAUGUUGUUCAUAAAUAUACUUUAUUAGUCAUGUUGAAAGUACAGUAUAGUCAUUACCAACAACUCUUCAAAUGCAUCAAACCAUUUAUAAAGUGUGCCCUAUUAAACAGUGGGACUGUUUUAGAAAUAUCUCAGUUUUAAAGCAUUUAAACCCUGCAUUUUUUAGGUUCUAUGGAGUCUGACAAGUGCCAAUAUUGCAUAGUGAUUACAUUAUAAAUCAGUGUAAACCAAGUUGAUUGGGGACCAAAUUUAUCUGACCCACUUCAAAACCACAGUUGACCACUCACACCAGCCAAGAAGAAAGAAAGAUUUAGACAAAACUGAUGCUUCUUCAAAAUGCUUCAGAGUGUUGUCAUUCACAGAUGACCGACGUUUUGUAAAACCUUUCCAGAUUCCGUGUGAGGUUCUUGUUGCAUGCCAUUAAUGCCUACUGUUUCUUCUUUUUUUAAUGUCUCUUCUUUUGUUUUUGUCUUUUUUAUGUCGUUCUGUUGGGCAGCAGGCUUAACUGGACCCUCUACUUUCAAUGUAGCUCUGUUUUUCUCUGACUGAUGCUUGUUUACAUUUAGAUGAUUUCUGGCCUACUAGUAUUUUUCAUUUAAAGUUAUCCUCUGGCAUGCAUUUCACCUUUAUUUCAGCUGUACAGUAUAAAGACAUAGCAGUGUACUGCUGAGUGUAAAUAGAAACUCCAUCUGGGGGAAAUCUAAUGUAACUAAAAGAAGAGGGUUUGAAAGGGAAGAAUCAUUUCAAGGGUGGGUCAGUAGUUAAGAAUGAGGAAACAUGUAAAUAGUCUGUAAAUUAUUAUUAUUAUAAUUAUUAUUAUUAAUACUCAAUGUCUGCAGUUACAUUGAAGCUGCAUUCCUGCUCCCUCUGAUAUUUACAUAAUCAUCGACUGCUUCUCUCUGCCUCCAACAGGACUGAAUUAUCAUAGGAUCUAGAGAUGAACAGCUAACUGUUACACAGUCAACUCCACUUCUGACAAAUUUCCUGAGAAUCGCCUGUUCUGUCACUCUCACAGCCCACUUUUGAAGUCAAAGAGGGGGAGGAGUGCUCUUAUUUUGUUAUGCAUUCUGUUUCUAAGUAGACAAAACCCCAUUGAUGUAAAACUAGUACUGUGACGAUGUUGAGAACGCAAAAUAAAGCGAUAUAUACUGUUAAACCUGA